CAUAUAGAAAACUACCAACAUUGUUAUCUUGCAGAGAAAACUGGAACUCCCCUAAACAGCCAGAAUAAUGAUGCACCUUCCUUUCUGAUGCGAUCACCACUGUCCACUGUAAACCAGAACAUGCAAGUUACAUACUGCAGUGGACCCACAGAUGAGCAGCAGCGAAAAGUGGAAGCAAUAGUCUUCAUGGGGUCUCAAGUCAUCACCACCGCCAUGGUGUGUCUUGAAGCCCUGUUUACAGCCAAAGAGUUAGCUAAUGGCAACACAUCAGGUUCUAAUGGGUACAAGCCACUGGAUGACCUGAAGUUACGAUUCCUGGCCUCAGCGCUCUGCCAGAAGUUUGAUUCACCAGGGUUUCCCGACCAGUGGGAGAAUGCUAAAGUGCAAAAACUGUACUUUGUACACUACAGAAAUGAACAAACUUUUAGUGCACAAAUCUCAUGAAAAAUAAUGAGAACAAUAUGUAACUGAGAAUACUUACCAAGGGAGAGCUUCAUUUAAUUUAAACUUUACAGCGUUGACUGUAACUUUUCGAUCACAGGAUGCGCAUUGUUGGGUGUUGACUCAGUUUUUGUGUGAAAACAGUUAUAACAUUUUCAAAUGAAUCUACAUUUUUCUCUCGAAAGGAAAUUGUAAGAGGAUAAAUUUUAUUAGUAUCUCAGGAAAUGUCUGUUUACAAAUAAACUGGCUUUCAAAAGUUUUUCCAUAUUUUUGCUUACAGUUAGUUCCACACUGGUUAAUUGCAGUUAACAUUUAUUUGUUGGAAAGCACUAUUUUCACUGUAAUGUUUUAGUUUGACUCAUUGAUUGCAUGACUCAUAAAAACUGUAUUCUCAAACUGACCAGUCAUGUGUAAAUUGAAAUCAAGUGAAGAAGCUAGUCCUAAAAGGGGAUAAGUGACGAUUUUGGUUGCUUUUCUUUUUUCUUGCUCAA